UUUGCCUGUCCCGGACUUGCUCGUCCCGGUCGUAACUGGGACGCUCACGUUCGGCGAGAGCACGACGCCGUACCGAACGCAACGUACAAAUACGCACACAGCCGGACUGAGGCUCGUCCGUAUGGCGCCAGCAGUGCGUGCGGUAGGAAGCUUUUAUUGUGGACAUUUUGCCUCUUAACGGAGACGUGCUAAGCCAAUGCUAACCGAGGGUGCCCGUUGGUCGACAUCGUUAGCAUCCUCACGUUAUUGUUGACAAUACACGAUUGAGUCUUCAAACGGUCCGCCUAAAGGGGCGAGCGCCGAGAUAAGCGACCAUGUCCGUGUUAGUCGCAGCUUGGUGACACGAGAACGAUGAAACUUGACAAGUUAGGGAUUCCCGAAAGUCCAAACCGCCCAACGCUUUGUCACCAUUCGAGAAAAGCCAAACUGUUAAUGCAUUAAACUAUUGCCGGAAAUCCACUUGAAUGGAGUUGCCAAGGGUAUAGGAGUAAGACAAGCGGUCGGGGUUAUGCCACUGCACACGUUCGUCAUGGAGAACGGACAGCACGGCAACACGACAACGACGACGACGACCAGGCUCGGCCUGCCUCCGCUGACUCCUGACCAGCAGGAGGCGCUGCAGAAGGCUAAGAAGUAUGCCAUGGAGCAGAGCAUCCGGAACGUUCUCGUCCGGCAGAACAUUGCUCAGCAACAGCAGCUCGGCGGACUGCAGAUGGCAUCUUUGCCAAUGGGUUUAGGUGAACUCUCACCUCUGCAAUCAGUGGCGGCCCAACGCCAGCGCGCCCUGGCCAUCAUGUGUCGCGUGUACGUGGGCUCCAUCUACUACGAGUUGGGAGAGGACACCAUCAGGCAGGCCUUCAUCCCCUUCGGACCCAUAAAAAGCAUCGAUAUGUCCUGGGACUCCGUCACGCUCAAGCACAAGGGUUUCGCAUUUGUGGAGUACGAGACGCCGGAAGCCGCUCAGUUGGCACUGGACCAAAUGAACUCGGUCGUCCUGGGAGGGCGAAACAUUAAGGUGGGCCGGCCCAGCAACAUUGGGCAGGCGCAGCCGAUCAUCGAGCAGCUGGCGGAGGAAGCUCGCGUCUUCAACAGGAUCUACGUGGCCUCUGUUCAUCCCGACCUGUCGGACGGCGACAUCCGGAGCGUCUUCGAGGCCUUCGGCAAGAUCAAGUCGUGCAUGUUGGCCCGCGAGCCCACCACGGGCCGCCACAAAAGCUACGGUUACAUCGAGUACGACAAGCCUCAGUCUGCAGUUGACGCAGUGGCCUCCAUGAACCUGUUUGACCUGGGCGGCCAGUACUUGCGAGUGGGGAAGGCCGUCACCCCGCCCGUGCCGCUCAUCACCGCCUCGGGAGACCUCACUGGAGCCGGCAACUUUACUGCACAGGAUCCAGUUGGAGCGUCGGUGCUGCGAGCACUGGCCGGUCUUCCCCAAGGAGUCAUGGCGGCUCAGGCUCCAGGUGUCAUUACAGGCGUGACCCCGGCUCGACCCGGGCUACCGCAAGUAGCUCUGGUUAAUCCCGUCCUGGCCACGCCCCCUGCCCCGAGGACGCAGGAAGCGCUCCACCAGGGGGCACACUUGGACCCGAGUCAACACGAACAGAUGGACGGAGCCCACGACAUCAACAAGAUCAUCCGCAAUCCCAAAUCCCGCGUCAUGGUUUUGAGGAACAUGGUGGGCCAGGACGACAUUGACGACGACCUGGAGGGAGAGGUCACCGAGGAAUGCGGGAAGUUUGGCCAGGUCAAGCGAGUGGUCAUCUACCAGGAACGUCAGGGAGAGGAAGAGGACGCCGCCGUCAUCAUCAAGAUCUUCGUCGAGUUCUGCCACACGGCCGAGAUGAACCGAGCCGUUCGGGCUCUGGACCGCCGUUGGUUUGGAGGUCGCAAAGUGGCGGCCGAGGCGUACGAGCAGGAACGCUUUGAAAAUAACGACCUCUCGGCGUAGACGGUGGCGCGAUGGCAAACGGCUGUGGGCCGCCGCCUCCACAGGAAAUAACGUAAGGGGGCAGCGGCGGAAGGUCCCGCUUCGGUUUCGGAACCUGAAUGGACGUCCUCGCUCUCAGUUGACACGUCGGUUCUGAGGACACCAUUUAAAAACAGGAAGUGGACGUAAAGUACCUGGGUGACUUUUUUGGCCUGUCUUAAUCAGAGUAAAUGUUUGUCAUUGUGGCAAGCGUAUUCACACCGCUUUGCUCACGAGCCAACUUGAUUUGACUCAAACGCGAUGUCGACAAACACUUUGUAAAGGUUUGUCUUUGUUUUAUAUAAAAAGCAAACAAAGAAAAUCAGCAAAACAUUUCAUAGUUGUUUAUCUGACGUCAUCGCCC